AUGUUCAUCAGGGCGGUGCUGGUGGACGAGUCUAUAAGUGCAAUCCAGGGCCCCACCCCCAACCCCCCACUCUCUUCCCCCCCCGUCGAUGCAAGUUCUCAAUGUGGGAGUUCACAGGCAGAGGGAGCCCUGGCAAGGGUGGCCACGGCUUUGUCUUAUUUGGGGUCACGGGCCAUUCUGGCACUCGGUGGCCCCCUCCGGCCUUGUUGGGGGGGCCAUGGGGACCAAACACUGUCUUCCAAAGAUGUUGAUUGUCCUCUCGCUGCCUGCCCAACCCUGUCCUCCUGUCCUGUCUGUUUGUGA